GACAUCACUACCGUCGACCACUCGCUGGCUUGUUAUCUGGCCCGCUCUCUCGCUCUCCGCUCCCGUAGUAGCGGGCCCGUAGUCGUUUCAGCUUCAGUCUUUCUUUCUAGUUCUGUUGCUACUCGUUCGCGAAAUCAGUUGACUUUCUGCUGCAACACAAGCGGAUGAAAUUUUUUUGUUUUAGUGUUGCGAAAAAGUUUGCAGCAAUUGCCAAAAAUCGGGGAAAAAUGUGAAAAUUAUACGGUAUAAAUGCGAAAUUCGACAAAACUCCAUAGAAUAAUACAAAAUUAAUUAAAGUGCAAUGUUAGAGCAAAGACAACGAGGAACGACGACGGAGCAACAACGAAGAAUGCAGAAGCAGCGGAAGCAGCAGCACUACGUAGCAAACGCAACACAACAAUAAUUAAAAGUGCAACAAUUACAACAACCAAAACAACAACAACAACCAACAUGUGAAUUGCGUUUUUUUUUUACCAAAACCAAAACAAAACCACGAAGAACAAGUGUAGCCAGAGCCUGAGAGAGAGGGAGAGUGAAAGAAGGAGAAAGCGAAAAGCGAAGAGCGCCAUAAGAAAGAGACAAAGAAAGAAAAAGCCGCCAAAAUGUUAUAGCAACAGCAACAAAAACAUAAACAACAACAACUAGCAACAAACCAACAGCAAAUAACAACAACAAAUGUAAUAUAAAUAACGGUUCAAGCAAAACCAAAAAACAAUUUCGCGCGCGCUCUUUUUCCUUCUACCCUUUGUUUCUCUCAAAGACGGACGAGGACGAACACUGAAAACACACACAAAAAAAAAACAACAAAACCGCUGCUUCUACGAAUUAUAUUUUGUUCGUCAAACAUAUUUUUUGAAAACUUCAAUCGUCAUUCAAUCAUCGUCAUAAUAACCACUCCAAUAAAACUCCACUCCCCCCGCAAUAUUCCGGAAACAGCAAACAAACAAAACAACAACAAUUUGAAAAGUGGCUAGAACAAAAACAGAAGAACAACAAAAUAAGAAAUCGGAAAGAAAGAAAGCAACAAAAACAAAAAGGAGCAGCCACCAAGAAACCACCACCAACACCAAUCCCCCCCAUCCCCAAACCAAGGUCAUCUCUUUGGUGGGGCAAACCAACACGAAAAUGCACGCGAGCGUUGACUGGUGUUUAAGAAACAACAAAAUCGACAAAAUUUACCAGGAAGAGCAGCAGUAUCAGCAGCAGAAGCAGCAGGAGCUGGAGGAUCUGAUCCGCUCGCGGUUGUUGUUGGGUGAGCAGCUGAGCUCGAAGUGGGUCGAGCUGACCUUCGAGGUGCGGUGCCAAUUGGACACGGACGCGAUAGAUCUUUGGCUGGAGGAGAAGGCACAGGAGCGGCAAAAGGAAAACAGACGGAGUGCCACCAAAGCCACACCAUCCACGCACACAGCCACAGCCACAGGCACAGUCACAGUCACAGUCAUAGCAUCCUUGACAGCAUCUGUACCGCCGCCAGGAGAGAAUUCUUCUUCGAGGAACAGAACGUCGAGAUCAUCUGGAGGAGCAGCAGCAGCAACAGGCGGAGUAGGAGGAGGAGGAUCAAAAGCUGAAGCUGCCACAAACCACAAAACAGCAACCGCACCGGCAACCGCAACCUCAACAACAAGUAAAACUAAAAACAAAAGAGGAGCAGGAGCAGGAACAGCAGAAGAAGAAGCAGCAAAUAUUCAAUUGACAGCUUUAUCAAAGUUGGAGAAACAUCAAAAAACGAUUCAAAUUCAAUUUAAAUUUCCACUGAAAAUCCAUCAAUUGGAAAAUCCCAUUUCGGUUUUUGCCAUUUGAGUCCUAGCAGUCGGGCCGUGCUGUCGGGCAAGUAGUAGUUCCAACCGUGCCUGUGCUUGUGCUCCGUGUUCACGUUCACGUUUGAGUUCGAAUUCGAUUUCGAAUUCACGUUCCCGCGUUCUCCAUUCCCUGUUUUCUCGUGUGUACCGUAAAGUGUGUAAAAUUACAACAAGAAAGAAAAGAAAACGAAAGGGAAGGGAAAAGGAAAGCAAAACAAAACAAAACAAAAGCAAACAAAAAACAUAAGAUUGUCGACAAAAUCAAAUAACAAAAUUGUGCAAAUUUUGUAAAAGAAAUAUAGGAAAACAAAACAAAAGGAAAGGACAAUUUUAAGGAAAUUUUCGAAAACAUUGUUGACAAAGCGAGCGGCAAGCGGCAAGUGGCAAGCGGCAAGCGGCGUCUUCCCGGCGUUCGUGCAGCGUAGCGUCGUGCAGGGUCGUGUGGAUCGCACUCGACUCUCCGUAUAAUCAUUACUUUUGUUGUUAUUCAAUUUAUUUUCGAAUUAAAAUUAAAUUUAAAUUUGGAUUACAAUUUGGAUUUCAAUUUGUAUUUGGAAUUGGAUUUGUUGGAUAUCUUCGGUUCAAUCGAACUCUUCUGCAAAACUCUGCAGAACCCAAAGCGAUCUUCAUGAUGGCGGAUCAUUUGGACGAGCCGCCCACAAAGCGGGUGAAAAUGGAUCCAACGGAUAUCUCGUUGUUUCUGGAAGAGAAUCUGCCCGACGAGCUGGUGUCCUCAAACAGCGGCUGGUCGGAUCAGCUGAGUGGCGGCGGCGGCGGUGGCGCCUCGAAUGUUGGCGUCACAAACACAAACUCAACAGGCGGCGGCGGCGGACCACAAGCCGUCGUCGGCGUCGGAGUCGGACCAAACAAACAGACAGGCCCUGGCCCUGGCUCUGGGCCAGGAGUCGGUCAGGUUGUCGUUACCUCACAAAUGAACGGAGCCGGCGGUGGCUCCCAGCAGCCUGGCAGCGGCGGCGAUGACGGCAGCGGCAACAGCAGCAGCGGAGGCGGCGGCGGAGGAGCGGGCAACCAGCAGCAGCUCCGCCAAAUGCAGCAGCAUCAGCAGCAGCACCAGCAGCAGCUGCAGCACCUACUCCAGCAGCAGCAGCAACAGCAACAGCAGCAGCAGCAGGGCCAGAAGGGGACCAUGGUGGUGCCGGGGAUGAACCAAUUGGGCAGCAAAUCCCCAAAUCUGCAGUCGCCCAAUCAGAGCGUCAUGCAGCAGGUUGCCACACAGAUGGGCAUGGUAAAUUCGAUGCCCAUGUCGAUAUCGAAUAAUGGAAACAAUGGCAUGAAUGCCAUACCAGGUGAGUGCCGCUUGAUCCCAGAUCAUUCUUUCUUCCUCUCGGAUAUAUGUACAUGUGUAAUCCUGUCUCCCGUCUCCUGUCUCCUAUCUGCAGGAAUGAACACAAUCGCCCAAGGGAAUCUGGGGAACAUGGUCCUCACCAACAGCGUCGGCGGCGGCGGCAUGGGUGGCAUGGUCAACCAGCUGAAGCAGCAGCAGCCAGGCGGUGGCAUGAUCAAUGCCGUUUCAGUGGCAGGCGGACCCGGAGGUCCCGUGGGCGCUGGCAGCGGCUCAGUGGCACCCAACCAGCAGGGCAUGCACAUGCAAAACGGUCCGAUGAUGGGUCGCAUGGUCGGCCAGCAGCAUAUGCUGCGCGGUCCCCACAUAAUGGGCGCUGCCGGAGGUGGCAAUGGACCAGGCGGCCCAGGGAAUGGACCCGGCGGCGGAGGACCACGCAUGCAGAAUCCCAACAUGCAGAUGGGACAACUGAAUAGCAUGCCCUACGGCGUGGGCCAGUACGGAGGUCCGGGCGGCAACAAUUCCCAGCAGCAACAGCAACAGCAGCAGCAGCUGCUUGCCCAGCAGAUGGCACAACGGGGAGGAGUCGGUGUCAUGCCGCAGGGCAAUCGCCCAGUGGGCACUGUUGUCCCGAUGCCCAGUUUGGGCGGCGAUGGCACCGGCGGACCCACCGGACAGCUAGUGGGCGGCAAUCCCCAGCAGCAGCAGCAGAUGCUCGGACAGCAGCAGCAGCCGGGUGCCCUUGGACCUCGUCCCCCGCAGCCGAACCAAUUACUGGGCCAUCCGCAGCAGCAGCAGCAGCAGCCAGGAACCUCACAGCAGCAGCAGCAGGGAGUCCAGGGUGUCCAGGUGGGAGCAGCAGGCGGAGCUGUGACAGCAGCAGUCGGAGGAGCGGGAAAUCCACAGGCGAACCGCCAGGAUGUCCCCGACGACCGCAAGCGACAGAUCCAGCAGCAGCUGAUGCUCCUGCUGCACGCGCACAAGUGCAACCGGCGGGAGACCCUCAAUCCGAACCGCGAGGUCUGCAACGUACCCUACUGCAAGGCGAUGAAGGCGGUUCUGGCGCACAUGGGUACCUGCAAGCAGAGCAAGGACUGCACCAUGCAGCACUGUGCUUCCUCGCGCCAGAUCCUCCUGCAUUACAAGACCUGCAUCAACAGCACCUGCAUCAUCUGCUAUCCGUUCCGCCAGAGUCAUUCGGUGUUCCAGAACGCCAAUGUCGGAGGCGGCGGAGGAGCGGGAAGCGGUGGUUCGACCCCUGGCGGGGGCCCACCAGGCAGCGGAGGGGCCGGCGGUCUCCAGCAACAGCAACAGAACCAACCUCUCACCGUGCUCGGUGGCGUCGGGGGAUCACUCGAUGGCAAGCAGCAGCAGCAACAGGUAGGAGCCCCAGGAGGAGCCCAGAAUACGGGCCUCGUGAUGCCCCAGCAGCAGCAGCAGCAGCAGCAGCAGGGCGGUGCACCCAAAUCCAACGCCGAAAUGGCCCAACAACUCGCCCAGCAGCAGCAGCAAGUCCAGCAGCAACAGCAACAGCACCAACAGCAGCAGGAGCUGCGACGCUUCGAUGCCAUGGGCCAGGUGGGACUCUCUCCCGUGACGGCCGGCAAUAUGAUCGGCGGUGGCGCGGGUGUCGGAGCGGGCCAGCAGCAGCAGGGGAUGCCUCCGAGCAUUCGAAUGCAGGGCAUCCCACCCACAGUGCGAGUCCUGGGACCCACGGGUCCCGGUUCCGGUUCCGUCCUGCCCAACGAUGUGAAUAGCCUCCAGCAGCAGCAGCAGCAGAUGCUCCAGGGCCAGUGCAAUGCCGCCAAUGCUGGCAAUCGGCGACGCGGUGGCCUCUCCAACAUGGUCGACCAGCAGCAACAGCAGCAGCAGCAGACGAAUCCCGCACAACAGCAGUUGGGAAACAUUCCCACGCCGCUGUCUGUGAGCGUCGGAGGCUUCGGCAGCGCCAACUUUGGCGGAGGAGCGGCAGAAAAGCAGCAGCUGGUGGGGCAGGCGGAUCAGCUGUCGAAGCUGAAGGUGCCCCAAGUUCAUCCCCCAAGUGGCGCAGGACCUGGUGGUGCGACUGGCGUGACUGCCGGCGGCCAGGGUUCCAGUGUUCUGAUGCCCGCCGAUACGACGGGUGCCAGCGGGGGGAAUGCGAACGCGAAUCCCAAUCAGAAUGCGGCUGGAGGCGGCGGUGGUGCCGGAGGAGGCGGCGGGACAGGAGGAACGGGUUCCACAGGCAACGACAGCGAAAAGGACUGGCGGGAGUCGGUGACGGCGGAUCUGCGGAACCAUCUCGUCCACAAGCUUGUGCAGGCCAUCUUUCCCACCUCCGAUCCGACGACGAUGCAGGACAAGCGGAUGCACAACCUCGUCUCCUACGCGGAGAAGGUCGAGAAGGACAUGUACGAGAUGGCCAAGAGCCGCUCCGAAUACUACCACCUGCUCGCUGAGAAGAUCUACAAGAUCCAGAAGGAGCUCGAGGAGAAGCGGCUGAAGCGCAAGGAGCAGCACCAGCAGAUGCUCAUGCAGCAGCAGGGCACGGGCCCCGUAUCCGGUUCGGGUCCCGUGGUCGUUCCCGGCGGCGGCCCCGUUGGAGUGCCAGGAGGCGUGGGCGGAGUACCCGGCUCCGUCUCCAAUCCUACGGUGGGCGGUGGCCUUCAGGGCGUCGUCGGGCCGCAACAACAGCAGCAACAGACCCAGCAGCAGCAGCAAUCCGUUGGCGGAGUCCGUCCCAUCAUCAGUCCAAUGGGGGGCGUGAUGCAGCCACAGCAGCUCCGUCCCCAGGGUCCUGGCGGCAUGGUCGUCGGUCAGCAGCAGCAGCAGCCAGUGGGUGGCGGCCCCGUGGGUGUCGCAGGACUGGCAGGAGCACUCGGUGUUGGCGUUGGAGUCGGCGUUGGAGGCCAGGCGAAUAUGGUGACGAUGCGUAGCCACUCGCCCGGCGGCAACAUGCUCACGUUGCAACAGCAGCAGCGCAUGCAAUUCCCGCAACAGCAGCAACAGCAGCAGGCUGGCAACAUGCUGGUGGGUCCUCCGGGACCCAGUCCCGGCGGCAUGGUAGUCAAUCCCGUGCUCUCCCCCUUCCAGACGGCCGCUGGAGCGGCCAAUGUCCUCACCAGUCCAGUGCCUGGCCAACAGCAGCAGCAGCAGCAACAACAGCAACAGCAGCAGCAGCAGUUCAUCAACGCAAAUGGCGGCACCGUAGCGGGCAGCAAUCCCCAGCUUAGCGAAAUGAUGAAGCAGCGACACCUCCACCAGCAGGCGGCAGCGGGCAUGCUCAUGCCCCAGUCACCCUUCAGCAAUGCCACGGCCAUUCAACAGCAGCAGCAACAGCAGCCGAACAGCAACAGCUUCAACUCUACCAUGCAGCAACAGCAGCAGAAGCCGCCUGGAAGUGUCCUCAACAACAUGCCACCGACACCCACGAGCCUCGAUUCAGCCUUGACUACAGGAGGGGCAGGAUCUGGUGCGGCGGGUAGUGGAGGUGCGAAUGGAGGAGGAGGAUCAGCAGGAGGUGUACCCUCGAGUGCGGGUGGAAUGACGGUUUCAGCGCCCAGUCCCUCCCCCGGCGGCGGCGGUGGAGGAUUCAUCUCCAAUGGUCCCGUCGGCACUCCCUCCAACAGCAGCAACACCAACACCAACAGCAACACCAACAACAACAGCAGCAGCAACAGCAUCAUCAAUCCCCCGUCGGUGAACAGCCUCAUGCAGCCAAUGAGCAAUCGAGCCAACACUCCACCCUACGUGCCGGCCUCCCCCGUGCCGGCGACCAGCGCCUCCGGCCUGGCGACUAACAGUGCCCCCACCUCGGCGGCAGCAACGUGCGCCAGCAGCAGCAACAGCAACAGCAAUAGCAAUAGCAAUAGCAACGGCAGCAACGGAAGCAACAGCAACGGCAGCAACAGCAACGGAAGCAACUGCGGCAGCGGGAGCGGCAGUGGCAGUGGCAGUGGGAGCGGCAGUGUGGGAGGAGUUGGAGGCGUUAUGGCCACCACAACGACCACGACGACGUCGGCAACGACGCCGCUCAGCUGCAAUUCCUCCUCGUCGGCGACGGCAACGAUUGCAUCGAGCGGACCGGGCAGCGGAGGCUCUCUUUCGGCGCCGAACAGCAAUCCCCACAUGCUGGCAACGACCUCCUCCGGUGGCAAUGGUAGUGGCGGCAGCAACCAGCAGCAGCAGCAGUCACAGCCGAGCCGCAUGAUGAGCAGCUCGAGCAGCCUAUCCUCCCAAAUGGCCGCCUUGGAGGCAGCGGCGCGUGAUAACGACGACGACACCCCAUCGCCCACGAACGACACAAACGGCAGCGGGGGCGGCGGCAAGGCUUCGAAGGGGAAGCUGGACUCGAUCAAGCAGGAGGACGAGAUCAAGAAGGAGUUCAUGGAUGACAGCUGCGGCGGCAACAACGACAGCUCCCAGAUGGACUGCUCCACGGGCGGCAAGGGCAAGAAUGUCAACAACGACGGCACCAGCAUGAUCAAAAUGGAGAUCAAAUCGGAGGACGCCGACGGCGAUGGCAAUGUCAAGAUCAAGACCGAGCCCAUGGAUGUCGACGAGAGUGCCUCGUCGGCCACACACGAAGGCGGCGGCGGUGGCGGCAAGGAUGAUAUCAACGGUGCCCACGAUGGCAUCUCCGGAGCGGGGGGCAUGGACAUCAAGACCAAGAUCGAGCCAAAGCCCCUGGUCCCAGAGCCACUGGCCCUGCAGGCUGGCGACAAGAAGAAGAAAUGCCAAUUCAAUCCAGAGGAGCUGCGCACCGCAUUGCUGCCAACGUUGGAGAAAUUGCUGCGCCAGGAGCCGGAAUCGGUGCCGUUUCGGUAUCCGGUGGAUCCACAGGCGCUGGGCAUACCCGACUACUUUGAGAUCGUUAAGAAGCCGAUGGAUCUGGGCACGAUACGGAACAACAUCCAGAACGGCAAGUACAGCGAUCCCUGGGAGUACGUGGACGAUGUUUGGCUGAUGUUCGACAAUGCGUGGCUCUACAAUCGCAAGACCUCACGCGUCUACCGCUACUGUACCAAGCUUUCGGAGGUGUUCGAGGCAGAGAUCGAUCCAGUGAUGCAAGCCCUGGGCUACUGUUGCGGCAGGAAAUACACCUUCAAUCCCCAAGUGCUGUGCUGCUAUGGCAAGCAGCUGUGUACGAUACCGCGCGACGCUAAGUACUAUAGCUACCAGAACAGUCUAAAGGAAUACGGUGUCGCCUCAAAUAGAUACACCUUCUGCCAAAAGUGCUUUAAUGACAUCCAGGGAGACACGGUCACACUGGGUGACGAUCCGUUGCAGUCACAAACACAAAUCAAAAAGGACCAAUUCAAGGAGAUGAAGAACGAUCACCUGGAGCUGGAGCCUUUUGUGAACUGCCAGGAAUGCGGCCGCAAGCAGCAUCAGAUCUGUGUCCUCUGGCUGGACUCCAUCUGGCCGGGCGGCUUUGUCUGCGACAAUUGCCUCAAGAAGAAGAACUCGAAGCGGAAGGAGAACAAAUUCAAUGCCAAGCGCCUGCCCACCACCAAGCUCGGCGUCUACAUCGAGACGCGCGUGAAUAACUUCCUCAAGAAGAAGGAGGCGGGAGCGGGCGAGGUGCACAUACGCGUAGUCAGCUCCUCGGAGAAGUGCGUCGAGGUGAAGCCGGGAAUGCGGCGACGCUUUGUCGAGGGCGGGGACAUGAUGAACGAGUUCCCGUACCGGGCGAAGGCCCUGUUCGCCUUCGAGGAGGUGGACGGCAUCGAUGUCUGCUUCUUUGGCAUGCACGUGCAGGAGUACGGAUCCGAGUGUCCGGCGCCCAACACACGACGCGUCUACAUUGCCUACCUCGAUUCGGUGCACUUCUUCCGGCCGCGCCAAUACCGUACCGCGGUCUACCACGAGAUCCUGCUCGGGUACAUGGACUAUGUGAAGCAGCUGGGCUACACGAUGGCCCACAUUUGGGCGUGUCCGCCAUCGGAGGGGGACGACUACAUCUUCCACUGCCAUCCGACGGACCAGAAGAUACCGAAGCCGAAGCGCCUGCAGGAGUGGUACAAGAAGAUGCUGGACAAGGGCAUGAUCGAGCGCAUCAUCCAGGACUACAAGGACAUACUCAAGCAGGCGAUGGAGGACAAGCUGGGCUCUGCCGCCGAGCUGCCCUACUUCGAGGGCGAUUUCUGGCCAAAUGUCCUUGAAGAGAGCAUCAAGGAGCUCGACCAAGAGGAGGAGGAGAAGCGCAAACAGGCAGAGGCAGCCGAGGCAGCUGCAGCGGCGAAUGUAAGCCGAUAUUCCGAGCUCUUCUCCAUCGAGGACAACGAGGUGAGUGGCGAUGGCAAGAAGAAGGGCCAGAAGAAGGCCAAGAAGUCCAACAAGUCAAAGGCCGCCCAGCGGAAGAACAGCAAGAAGUCCAACGAGCAUCAGUCGGGGAACGAUCUCUCCGCGAAGAUCUAUGCCACGAUGGAGAAGCACAAGGAAGUCUUUUUCGUGAUACGCCUGCACUCGGCACAGUCUGCUGCCAGUUUAGCGCCCAUUCAAGACCCCGAUCCACUGCUAACCUGCGAUCUGAUGGACGGCCGCGAUGCAUUCCUCACGCUGGCCCGCGACAAGCACUUUGAGUUCUCGUCGCUGCGGCGCGCCCAAUUCUCGACGCUCUCAAUGCUGUACGAGCUGCACAAUCAGGGCCAGGACAAGUUCGUGUACACGUGCAACAAUUGCAAGACAGCCGUUGAGACGCGCUAUCAUUGCACCGUCUGUGAUGACUUUGAUCUGUGCAUUGUGUGCAAGGAGAAGGUCGGACAUCCCCAUAAAAUGGAGAAGCUUGGCUUCGACAUUGACGACGGCUGUGCACCGGCGGACCACAAGCAGGCCAAUCCCCAGGAGGCCCGCAAACAGUCCAUCCAGCGGUGCAUCCAGUCCCUGGUGCACGCCUGCCAGUGCCGCGACGCCAACUGUCGCCUGCCCUCGUGCCAGAAGAUGCAGCGCGUCGUCCAGCACACAAAGAACUGCAAGCGAAAGACGAACGGUGGCUGCCCCAUCUGCAAGCAGCUAAUCGCCCUCUGCUGCUACCAUGCGAAGCACUGUCAGGAGCAGAAGUGUCCCGUGCCCUUCUGUCCGAACAUCAAGCACAAGCUGAAGCAGCAACAGCUCCAGCAGAAACUCCAACAGCAACAGCUACUGCGUCGGCGUGUGGCCCUCAUGUCGCGGACAGCCGCUCCUUCGGCACUGCCCGGACCGGCGGUUAGCGGGCCGACAGUCGUCGCUGGCGGUGUGCCCGUUGUGGGCAUGGCCAAUGUGAUGCCCGUCGGUCAGGCGGCCGUGCUGCUGCCAGGAGUGGGCGGACAUUCACCGUCUGCUGUGCCAGUGCCUUCGCCAGUGUCUGGCAGCGGAAUGGGUGGCAUGACCUCGCCGCAUCCCCAUCAGCCGGGCAUCGGCAUGAAGCCCGGAGGUGGGGGCGGACACCCGCCGUCGCCGAAUGUCCUGCAGGUGGUAAAGCAGGUGCAGGAGGAGGCCGCUCGCCAGCAGGUGCCGCAUGGCGGUGGCUUUGGGAAAGGCGUCCCAAUGGCCCCGCCCGUCAUGAACCGUGCUCUGGUCGGAGGAGUCGGAGGCGUCGGAGGAGUACCCAACCAGAAUGUGAAUCAGCUGGGAGUGGGUAUGGUCGGUGGAGUGGGCGUCGGAGUUGGAGGUGUUAGUGUCGGUGUCGGAGGCGUCGGAGUGAAUCUGAAUCAGCUGGGACCUGGCAUCGGCGGCGGUGGCAAUCCCUCGGGCGGCCCCCUGCCCGGUGCCGGCAACUGCGGCAAUGUCUUGAAUGCCAACAACCUGCUUUCCAUGGACCAGUGGGGCGCCGGCGGUGGAGGUGCGGGUGUGCCCCAGCCGCGGUACGUGAACAACGCCACGGGAAUGCGCCAGCCGAACCAAAUGAUGCAGCAGCAGCAGAACGUCCUCCAGCAGCAGCAGCAACAGCAGCAACAACAACAACAGCAGCAGCAGCAGAUGAUGCUGACCAACCCGAUGGGCGGAGGAGGGGUCGGCGGCGGCGGCCAGAUGCCCGUCGGCGGACAACAUGGCAUGGGUAUGGGCGGAAUGGGUACGCCGAUGGGAGCGGCCGGUGCCGGAGGCGUGCGUCCACCGCCCGGAGGAGGCGGUGGCCAGGCAGCCGGAAGUUUGAACACGCACCAGCUGGCCCAGAUCAUGCAGAAGAUAAAGAACAACCCCACCAACGAGAGCAACCAGCACAUUCUCACCAUCCUCAAGCAGAAUCCCCAGAUCAUGGCGGCCAUCAUCAAGCAGCGCCAGCAGACACAGAUCAAUGCAGGCGCCGUAGGCGGUGGUGCACCCGGUGGUGGCCUCCAAGCGGGCAAUGGACCCCAGAAUCCCCAGCAGCAACAGCAGCAGCAGCAGCAACAACAACAACAGCAACAGCAACAACAGCAGGUCAUGCAACAGCAGCAGAUGCAGCACAUGAUGAACCAGCAGCAGCAGCAGCAGGCGGGCGGCCCCCAGCAACAGCAGAUAAAUCCCAACCAGCAGCAGCAGCAAGUGAAUCUGAUGCAGCCGGGUGCACCCCACCAGCGGAUGCCCAAUAUGCAGCAGCAGAACUCUGCCCAAAUGAUGCUCCAGAACCUGCCACCGGGCGUCACCUCUCAGGGAGGAAUGGUGCCGAACCAGAACUGGAACAAGAUGCGCUACGUGCCAAUGAACCAAUACCCGCCUCCCUAUUCGCAACGGCAGCGCGGCCCGCACAUGGGCGGAGCGGUGGGCCAGCAGCAGCAGCAGUUCCCGGGCGGCGGCGGAGCGGGCAACUUUAAUGCUGGCGGCGGGGCAGGAGCCGUGGGAGUGCCUGGCGGUGUGGCUGGGGGCGGCGGCGGAGGCUCAGGUGGCCCCGGAGCGGAUCAGUACUCAAUGGCGAAUGCGGCUGUGGUGGCGGCAGCGUCCAACAUCCUGCAGCAGGGCCAAGGCGGAGCCGGUGUGGGAGUCGGAGUGGGAGUGGGCGUGAAGCCAGGGCCCGGCCAGCAGCAGCAUCAGCAGCAGCAGAUGGGCGUGUUGCCGCCGGGUAUGCAGCAACAGCAGCAACAACCCCUUCAGCAGCAGAUGAUGCAACAGGUGUCGAUGCCAAAUGCCCCGAAUGCCCAGCAGAAUCCCGCCGUUGUGGGUCCUGGAGGAGGUCCUGGCUCCCAGGUGAUGGGACCCCCCACGCCGCACUCCCUCCAACAGCAGCUAAUGCAGUCCGCGCGCUCCUCUCCGCCCAUCCGCUCGCCGCAGCCGACGCCUUCGCCCCGCUCAGCGCCGUCGCCACGCGCGGGGCCAUCCGCCUCGCCGCGGGCCCAACCCUCGCCCCACCACGUCAUGAGCAGCCACUCGCCAGCACCUCAGGGCCCACACGACGGCAUGCACAACCACGGGAUGCACCACCAGUCACCGCUACCCGGUGUCCCCCAGGACGUCGGUGUGGGCGUAGGCGUCGGCGUUGGCGUCGGUGUGGGCGUAAACGUUGGCAACUUAAAUGUCGGCAAUGCCGGCGGAGCCCUACCCGAUGCCUCUGAUCAGCUAACGAAAUUUGUGGAGCGGCUCUAGUGCAGCAGCAACAUUGGCCACUCCCUCCUCAACCACAACAGCAGCAACCACAGUGGUGGCCACAUCAACAGCAGUAACAUCACGAACAUCGGCCAUGAUAUUGUCAACUAUCGCUACAACGGACAGUCGCCGCACUACUUCUGAUGGUAGCGACAGAGACAGCGAUUUGAGACAUCCAGCAGAGAAUCCAGCAGCGAAUGCAGCAGAGCCAGAGCCAGAGCCAGGGAUCACACUGUGUUAAUCGUAUUGUUAAAUUCUUUUUUAAACUUUUACUCUUUUCUACUAUCACAAUUAUCAUGUACUUAUAAGAUUAAGAUGCGUCCCACAGCAACCAGCAGCAGCCGGUAGCCGGUAGCCAGCAGCAGUCCCUCGAUGUAUAGCAGGAGAGAGGAGAGUAGCCGGAGAGUAGAGAAGUGAUGGAGGAGUGUAGAGGGAGGGAAAGGCGAUGCAGAUGCUCUUGCUCCUGCUGCUGUUGGUGGAUGGUUGGGUAUUUUCGUACACCUCCACACGCUCCACACACACGGAUUAUUUUUAGGCUUAGGACAACAUUUGAACAAAUGAGGAAACGCAAAUGCAUUACAGUUACGAUUACAGUUAUGAUUAGAAAUUAUCGAUUAUUAAUUCGAUUAUGAUCCCUUCAUUUUUUAUAUAGUGUAAUACGACUAGAUUUAAAUAGAUCAUACAUACACGUUACUAUGGCAUUAUAAACCACCUAUGGCACUAA